GCGGGACGGAGGCACUGGGAAGCCGGCAUCAGGCUCUUCUCAGGAGAGCCUGAGGCAUUGACCUUCAUUUAGUCGUGAAAUAAAUCUGCAAAGGAGCCUUCAAGAGAUUAACAGGCGACCUUCUGCCGCUGGAGCAGGAUUGGUGGCCAGCGCGAAGCUCCCUGUCCUUCCCUCCCACCGGCCACAGCAGCCCAGCCCGGCGGAGGAUUCCCACCGCAAUGGGUGGUAAGAUGCCCGGCAGCAGCCGGGGCAGAGCGGGAGCCACCAGCCGAGAACAACGUCUGCCGGCCUGGCACCUGCUCCGCCUGGACUUGAGGACCCUGCGCCCAGCCCGGGGCUGAGCCCCCGCCCGGCACUGCCAUGGUGCUCCCCUGCACCCGCAACAGUGUCGUCGGCAGCUGGCUGGUGCCUGAAGAGCCCCGUGGCCGCAGCAACUCCAUCCCCCCGGCACAGACCCCCACGGCCAAGCACAUGCUGGCUUACCUGCCCCGGCCGCCCACCGACACCAGCCGGUAUGGCACCUUCCCCCAGAAGCCUGAAUUCCCGGUCACUCCUGAUGCUCUGGCAGAGGACAGCCGGCAGCAAGCCGCUGCCACAUCUGCCAAGAGAAGCAUCCCGAUGCCAAACUACCCACCCCGACACCACCAUGGUGGCAUCAUCUCUGGUGAGUCGUCCCUGCCGUCAAGCCGCGGCAGCAUGGUGGCCACCCAGCACCAUCCUGGCGAUCCAUCCUGGUGCCCACCGGCCACCCCGCAGGAGGCGGGCACCCGCUUUUACCCGCUGCACAGGCUGAGUGUGGCCAACAUCCCCAGCUCAGCACGCAGCAAGAGCCCUGCCCGCGGCACGGCAGUCCCCACCCCGGAGGGGCUGCAGAGCCGGCGCCGCAAGCUGAUGGAGGAGGACAGCCCCAUGGUCCAGGCCAGCAAGCGGCAGCGGCAACGCUACGUGACGAAGGUGGGCAAGUGCCAGGUGAACCUGGGCAACAUUCAGGAGAAGAAGCGGUUCCUGUCAGACAUCUUCACCACUAUCGUGGACCUCAAGUACCGCUGGUUCCUCUUCGUCUUCAUGAUGUGCUACAUCAUUACCUGGGUGGUCUUUGGCACCAUCUACUUCUUUGACGCCUGGGUGCGGGGUGACAUCAGGCACCGGGGCGAUCCUGAGUGGCGGGCAUGCAUCGAGAACGUGGACGACUUCAUCUCCGCCUUGCUCUUCUCAGUGGAAAGCCAGCGGACUAUCGGCUACGGCUCCCGGAUGGUGACGGCCAACUGUGCCGAGGGUGUCAUCCUGCUGAUGGCACAGUCCAUUGUGGGCUCCAUGAUCGAUGCCCUGAUGGUGGGCUGCAUGUUUGUAAAGAUCUCCCGGCCCAAGAAGCGUGCCCAGACUCUCAUCUUCAGCAAGAACUGUGUCAUUUCCCGCCGGGACGAGAAGCUCUGCCUGAUGUUUCGCGUGGGGGACCUGCGGGACAGCCACAUGGUGGACGCCAAGAUCCGGGCCAAGCUGAUCAAGUCCCGGCAGACGGCCGAGGGGGAGUUCAUCCCCCUGGAGCAGUCGGAGCUAAACCUGGGCUACGACACGGGGGAGGACCGCCUGUUCCUGGUGGAGCCCCAGAUCAUCUGCCACGUCAUCAACCACCACAGCCCCUUCUGGGACAUGUCAGCUGAGUCGCUGCGCCGGGAGCAGUUCGAAAUCAUCGUCAUCCUCGAGGGCAUCGUGGAAGCCACAGGAAUGACGUGCCAAGCCCGCACCUCAUACACAGAGGACGAGAUCCUCUGGGGGUACCGCUUCGAGCCCUGCAUGUCCCUGGAGAAAGGCGCCUUCCGGGUGGACUACAGCCGCUUCGAGAUGACCUUCGAGGUGCAGACCCCAGCAGCCAGCGCCAAGGAACUGCAUGAGCUGAAGGAGCUGGAGCACCAGGAGCACUCCACACUCAGCCUCUACUGGGACCACCUCCUGCAGCCCUGCGCCCUGCCAGGGCCCGGGCUGGGUGAGGAUGCUCUCGCCAGGCUGAGCGUCCCUGGCAGUGUGGCUGAGGGCAGCCGGAGCAAGCUACUGGAGCAGGAAGCCACCGCCUGAGCCGCUCCUGGGACGGGACACCUGGCCGUGCUCGGUGGGUGCCCAGCGGAGGGUCCUGCACCGACAGUGCCAUAGCCCACCCUCCCUCCGUGGGGCUGAGCCCUCCCACCCUCGACCCCAGCCACAGCCACAUGGUGUUGUUUUUGCAAAGUUGUUCCUGCGUAACAAGAGCCAAACAAUGGGUGAUUAAAGUGUAUUUUAAAACAAAACCCCACACAAAUAAAUCAGCAGCUUUUGCUUGGUUUGUACGCUUGGCAGGGGCUGCUCAGACCCCACACCGGGGCCGCUGGGCACGGCACGGGGGGCUGGCCACUGGGCGCGGGUCAGGAGUGCAGGCUGGCAGGGAAACUCUCCUGCCCCCCACUCUUGUCCCCCCACGUGGUAACAGAGUGUGACCCUGGGGUGCAGUGGGACUUGGCGCUGAGAGUGCAGGUGUGACCCUACACACACAGCUCCAGGCCCGCCCCCCUGCCCCACGUGUGGCUCUAGACCCCCACUCACCACCCUGCAGGCUCAGACAUUGCCCCAUGGCCCCCGACACCCCAAACUGCCCCCCAGUCCCACAUGUUCCCACCCCAGGGCCCCCCCAUGAUGUCAUCACACCCAGCGGUGCUGCUAGGGGCUGGGACACAGUUUAAUAAAAUUAAAUUAGCAUAAUUCAAUUAUUUGCAUUAAUAGAAUUCAAUUAAUAGUGUCAGGCAGGCCGUGCAAUUCCUAUGCAGGGCAAGGCCCAGCCGCAUGGGGUGACACCCAAGGGUGCCAUCACCCAGGGGAGGGCUCCCACCCUCCAGCCCUGCCUCUAUCACUGCUGCCUACUCUGCUAAUUACAGAAACUGUGUUUCUGCACCCACCUGGCUGCUGCUUUGCUGCCCUGGAGGGGUGGGUGGGGGGCUCAGCCAGGGCCAGGAGUGCUGUACCAGCAUCCACAGUACAAUGCCACUGCCCCAUCACGGCAUGGUGUGCAACAUGACCCUUUAGAUAAAAAUAAAACUGUAAAUUUAUGUGUGUGCAUAUAUACAUAUUUAAAGUUCACACAUCCUGAGCCCAGCUGGGAUGCCAUCACCUUUCCCCUCUGCCCCCGCCUGCCAAGCACUGCACUUUGUAUCCAUCCCCUGAUGGGAAAGGGGAGGAUAAAAUCCUUCUGGUGUCCUUUGCUGUGCAGCACCUUCACUUUUUCUGUAUUAAAUUACCAUUAUCU